UCUUGGCUGUGACGGACAUCGUCUCACGAAGGCUGUGAUAGACAGCGUCUCACGAGUGCCGCUUUGUCCGCUUUAACAGCAUCUGGAGCAGCUCUCCCUUCCCUUUUUCUACUGCCCUUGCUGUUGCCUACAUUCCCCAAUCUCAAUCUGUCUCUCUCUCUCUCUCUCUCCCCUUUUGCCUUCAGGUGAACGACUCCUAGAACAAACAGCAGUCGCUUGGCGGUGACCAGAAUGGAACGAGUUUACGGGUUUUUAUCCCCUCCUAGAAGGAUCUGAUCCUUGUGGAGAGUGGGAGUGGAAUUAGGCUCUUAGUUUUCCUCCUUUUUCCCUUUCCGAAUCUUGAAUGCUUGAUUGCCCCUUUUGUCUCUUGACUCGGUCGAUUCUGGUUCUUUCUGGCUUCGUACUGACAAUUUGUAAAAGCUUGAUUUGAUUGGUUAAAGGGAUUUGCCUCGCCGAAGAUAAUUCUUCUGUCUAUUGCUUCUCCAAGUUCGUUGUUGAAUUUUUGGCAUCGGUUACGAAUUAGAAUGAAGGAUUUCCCUUCCUGCUUCGGAGAAAGUGGAGUUCAGGUCUCCGAUUCCACGUCGGGGGCCAGCAAAGCUGCUCAAAAUCUAGUGACUUGCCUUUACCAAGCUCAACUCUUUGGCCGGUCUUGUGUGAUCAUUGUUACAUGGAGCAAGAAUCUGAUGGGGCAAGGCUUGAGCAUCGAGAUCGACGAUUUAACCAAACGAUGCCUCUGCAAGUUGGAAAUUAAGCCAUGGUUGUUCUCCAAGAGAAAGGGCUGCAGGACCAUGGAGGUGAAGGAUAGCAAGAUAGUUCUUUUCUGGGAUCUCUCUGCUGCCAAAUUUGGAUUUAGCCCGGAGCCUCUUGAAGAUUUCUAUGUCGCGGUCCUCUGCGAUGAUAAGAUGAUCCUCCAUCUUGGAGAUCUCUCAAAAGAAGCUUGCCGGAAGACUAGCACGACUCCUUCAAAUGCAGUAUUCAUCGCGAAGAAGGCGCACAUCUACGGAAAAAAGAUACAUUCAACAAAGGCACAAUUCUGUGACAAUGGCCAAUUCCAUGAAGUUGCCAUAGAGUGUGACACUGUAGGGGUCAAGGAUCCCUGCCUGGAGAUCAGUAUUGAUCGGAAACGAGUAAUGCAGGUCAAGAGACUUGCAUGGAAAUUCCGUGGCAAUCAGACUAUCCUUGUUGAUGGGCUUCCCGUCGAAGUAUUUUGGGAUGUUCAUAGUUGGCUUUUUGGUGCUCCUUCGACGAGCGCUGUCUUCAUGUUUCAAACUCGCCUUCCAUCUGAAAAAGUGUUGCCAUGGUCUCGAGGGCUUGAUUUUUCAUUCACAUUAUAUGCUUGGAAAAAUGAAUAGUUACCCUCUUUAUUUUUUUGCGUGUUGACGUAAUCUAGUGAGUAAUUUGUUUCUUUUA